AUUCGUAGGCGAAGACACGUAUGGAGGACACUGUCGGCCAAACAAACCAGUUCAAUUUUAGGCAAGCAGCUUCUCCAACGUUGACCAAACCAACUACACUUCCCUGACUAUCUCUCUCUCUCUCUCUCUCUCUCUCUCUCUAAAACCUCCAUUCUUUCUCUCUCAUCAUCUCCCCUCCCUCUCCACUUCCCACAACCUUCAUCUCCCAAACCAAUCAAUCAUUCGACUCUUUCAAUGGCGGGGGAGCCACCGUCGUCGGGUGCCCAAAUGAGAGUGAACUCACGGCGGCACUACAACGUAGUCCACCCAGUAGACAUUGAGACGCCGCCGCUAGCCUCCCCAGCUCCGGCUGUGUCUCCGCCCGUGUACAGAGAGAUCAAGCAUUUCAAGAAAUGGGUUGUCUGGCUGAUUCCUGUCUUUGUUGCUGCCAACGUCGUUAUGUUCAUCAUCACCAUGUAUGUCAACAACUGCCCCAAGAACUCAGUCUCUUGCAUUGCCACGUUCUUGGGGAGGUUCUCCUUCCAGCCUUUUAAGGAGAACCCGCUUCUUGGACCGUCCUCAUCGACGUUGCAGAAGAUGGGGGCUUUGGAUGUAAAUAAGGUGGUUGACAGACACCAGGGGUGGCUUCUCAUCACUUGCAAUUGGUUACAUGGGGGUGUUUUCCAUUUAUUGGCUAAUAUGUUGAGCCUUUUAGUCAUCGGAUAUCGGUUAGAGCAAGAGUUCGGCUUUGUCCGGAUUGGGUUGCUAUAUGUCAUCUCUGGACUUGGUGGGAGUUUGUUGUCUUCACUUUUCAUCCAAACAAACAUCUCUGUUGGUGCUUCUGGUGCACUUUUCGGGUUGCUGGGAGCCAUGCUUUCUGAACUUAUCACUAAUUGGACAAUUUAUGCUAGUAAGUUUGGAGCACUUUUCACCCUCCUGAUCAUCAUAGCAAUCAAUUUGGCAGUGGGAACACUCCCACACGUUGACAACUUUGCUCAUAUUGGAGGAUUCCUUUCGGGAUUUUUUCUUGGGUUUGUGUUUCUUAUCCGCCCCCAGUUUGGAUGGGUUAACCAAAGAUAUACUUCUCCAGGUCCAGGAUAUGCCUCAUCUCAAACAAAAUCAAAGUUCAAGACCUAUCAGUGCGUUUUGUGGGUCCUCUCUGUGAUCGUUUUAAUUGUUGGGUUUACAGUUGGCCUCGUUAUGCUUCUUCGGGGAGUUGAUGCCAAUAAGCAUUGUUCUUGGUGUCAUUAUUUAUCUUGUGUCCCUACUUCAAGAUGGAGCUGCAACUCGGAGCCUGCAUACUGCACGACAAACCAGAUGGGUGAUCAAAUCUAUUUAACUUGCUCGAGCAACGGUAAGAACGGCACGUAUACGGUUCCAAAUGCAAGCAGUUCUCAGAUCCAGGGGUUAUGCUCUCAGCUUUGCAGUUGAUUUUUGCAGUCAAGAGGUUCCAUGAGUUGCUCAGAUGUAUACCUUCGUUAUUAUAUGUAUUCAUAUCAUCGUGUAAUCUCGACUCUUGAUCUUUACUAUCAGUAGAAAUUUGAUUUGUGUACACUUUUAAAAAAAGCCUUAUGUUCGACUCUCAUAAAUGGUGAGUUCGAUAUCAAAUUUUUACUUCCCAUUGUGCGGCUUAA